AUGAAAAUAAACUACAACCAAUUAAUCGAGAAAUUAAGAUAGUAUAAUAUUGAUGACCUCUAAUACCCUUAUAAAGGUUAUCAGGGAUAGUAGGCAUAAAUUUUUGGUUGUAGAUAUAAUAUGAAAAAUAAAUUCAUUUUAAAAGUUAUCGAAUAUGAAAAUGAGUAAUCAGUUCACAAGGAACUUGAGAUUUAUAAUCAUUUGAAGCAGGAUUUUAACAAGAAUGAGAAUUUAGUUGCUAUUAAAAGUGUGCUUCAUUUUUAAGACUUGAAGAAUGUCUGUAUACUCAUGGAUGAAUGUGAUUGCAAUUUGAAGACUCAUAAAGACAAGUUAACAAAUCUGGAAUCUAGAUUGAUUUUCUUCUAGUAAUUUCUGUAAGGAUACAAAUCAUUAUAUGAUCACAAAGUUAUUCACAGAGAUAUCAAGCCAGAAAAUAUUCUAAUAAGUUUUAAGGAUAAUAAACCCAUUUAUAAACUUACCGACUUUGGUGUUUCGAAGCUAUGUGAGGAAAUAGGCAACACUAUAAGCUAAUUGGGUACUCAAUAGUAUGCAGCUCCUGAAUUGUAAAAAAAACAUGGACAAAGUUUACCUUAGUUUGAUUAUGAGAAAAUCUCAAAAAUUGAUGUUUAUUCAAUUGGACUAGUAUUGUAUGAAUUGUAAUUUCAAAGAUUGCCUUUUGGAAAACCUAAAACUUAAAAUUAAUUCUUUGAUACAUCAUUGAAAACUAGACUAGUGAGUUAAGAAGAUGUGAGUUAUGAAGAAGGGUGGUUUAUUGAUUUAAUUAUGUAAAUGAUUCAAACCAACCCAGAUGAAAGAGUUGGAUUCGAAAAAUUAUUUAAAUGUUAUGACAAAGAUCUUUUUAAAUUUAUUUCUAACCUUAAAAGAUUAGCUGAGAAUUAACUGUUAUAGAUGUUUUUGAAACCAUAAGUUAAUAUUUUCAAUUAAAGGCAAGGUGAAAAUCAACACAGAAACAAUAACAGAUAGUAUUCUUUGCUUCAAUAGAAUUAAGCAUAAUUUUUCAAUCAAAAUUUCCAAUAGCAAUAGUGCCAGACAGAUAGGACUUAUAAAAAGUGA